GAAAAAAAAAACUAGCCAGCGCUAUCUUGGUCUAGCCCAUUAGCUUGGUCCUCUUAUGCGGCAAACCAUAAACCUCAAUUGAAGCUCUGCUUUGUUUCUUCUUUCUUCUUCCUCUCACCUCUCCUCCUCCCCAGCUUUGUCCCUUUGCUCAACCUCAACAUAGCUCCAAUACCUAUUCUCCCUUGCGGACUCGAGCUACAACACCUACCUAAGCCUAUUACGCCCCAACACUUACUUCUACAAAAAAGAUGUCGAGUCAACCUCUGCUUCAAACUGCGCCUGGCAAGCGCAUUGCCCUGCCCACCCGUGUCGAGCCCAAGGUCUUCUUCGCCAACGAACGUACCUUUUUAUCUUGGCUCAACUUCACCGUCAUCCUCGGCGGCCUGGCCGUAGGUCUCUUGAACUUCGGUGAUCGCAUUGGCCGCAUCUCCGCCGGCCUAUUCACCGUCAUCGCCAUGGCAGCCAUGAUCUAUGCCUUAGUGACCUUCCACUGGCGCGCGCAGAGUAUACGCAAACGCGGCCAGAGUGGCAUUGACGACCGGUUCGGUCCUACUGUCCUGGCCCUGGCUUUGUUGGCCGCUGUCGUCGUCAACUUCAUUCUGCGCCUGACCGAAUAAGACAAUGAUUGACGAGCGGUCGGUCUGUCCCAUCGAUCAUAUCUCUGGUGUAUUGACGAGCGAGACGACUUUUUUUUAUCUUCGAAUGGCGAACUUGGUUGGAGUUUUGAGAUGACAAAAGAAAACAGAAUAUGUGAAUGAUCUGAAGUAGAAAGUAGACCUGAUUUCCACCUGUCAAUGUCAGUGCUGGCCACUGAUUUGUCUAUGGCGUUGGCACUCUUGCUUUCCAAAUGAAAUAUGCUUCUACAAUUUGCUUUGUCUCGAUGCGGCUCGGAGUGUGUUUCUGUGGUUUGGGUAUCUUGGUGUGGCUUGAACUGUCAUUGGUCUGAAAACUCCCUGUUGACGGUGGUUUACCUAUGUUCACAAGUACUUGGAUUGAUGGGAUCCUACAAGUUGCAUGGCUCAGGCAUAAUGGCCAACAAUUUGAGGUCGAUGGAUAUCAGUGUUUAUACUUCAAAUUGCUGACAUGUCCGCUUCACCUUUCAGUCGC